CAAAGAAAAGUAAAAUCUGGAGUAGCGAUAUAAGUUUUUUUCCUCGAUGAAUAAUGAACAGUGAACACUCCAAUAGUCCCAGUUAACUCUCAGGCCUCAGCUAUGGCUCUCAGUUUCCAACUGUAUAUGCUUUAGAAAAUAGAAAGAAAAAGCCUCGGAUUCUCUUCACUCUACUUUAUAACCUACUACUACAAUCUCUAGGGUUUUGCUUCUUCCAAUUUCCUUCAAAUGGAGAUUCGUUUCACCGCUUUUGUACUGACGGCGGCGUUGAUGCUCUCCGUUGAGCUCUCCGCCGGCGGAACCUUCUCGUCGAGGUUGAUUCACGGCUACUCCGACGAAGCGAUGUCGUUUUGGGCAUCUAAAGGGAAGAGCGUGACGUGUCCGAAGCGCGAAAGUGUGGAGCGCAUGAGGUUGCUUCUUAGCAAUGAUUUGAAGCGCCAGAGAUUAAAGCUUGGCUCGCAGAAACAACUCUUGUUUCCUUCUGAAGGAAGCAAAACUCAUUUCUACGGCAACGACUUGAGUUGGCUGCAUUAUGCGUGGAUUGAUAUAGGGACGCCAAAUGCAUCAUUUCUUGUCGCUUUGGAUGCUGGAAGCGAUCUGCUCUGGGUCCCUUGUGAUUGUGUACAAUGUGCUCCGUUGUCUUCAAGCUACUACUCAAUGUUGGAUAAAGAUCUGAACGAGUAUAGCCCAGCACGAUCAAACACUAGCAAGCAUCUAUCUUGCAGCCAUCGAUUAUGUGAACUGGGUCCUAACUGCCAGAGUCCAAAGGAACGAUGCCCUUACACUGUUAACUAUUAUUCUGAAAAUACAUCAAGUUCGGGUUUUCUUUUUGAGGACAAAUUGCAUUUGACUUCAGUUGGUGGUCAUGAACAUCAAGGUUCUGUGCUAGCUUCUAUCGUUAUUGGGUGUGGUAGCAAACAAAGUGGCAGUUAUUUGAAUGGAGCUGCUCCAGAUGGGGUGAUGGGAUUAGGGCCAGGAGAAAUUUCUGUUCCAAGUUUGCUGGCGAAGUCUGGAUUUCUUCCACAUUCAUUCUCAUUGUGUUUUGACAAGACUAAUUCUGGCACAAUUUUCUUUGGUGAUCAAGGGCCUGAAAAUCAAAGACUAAGUUCAUUUGUAUCUUUGGAUGGGAAUUACAAUACCUAUAUUGUUGAAGUCCAACGUUAUUGUUUUGGGGGUACCUGUCUAAAGCAAAGCGGAUUUCAAGCCUUAGUUGAUAGUGGGUCUUCCUUCACUUAUCUCCCUUCCGAAAUCUUUCCAAAAGUAGUAACUGAGUUUGAAGAGCAAAUAAAUGCUACAAGGUUAGCUACAGAAGAUUUUCCUUACUGCUAUAAGGCUAGUUCACGAGGUUUACCAAACAUUCCUAGCAUGAAACUUGUGUUAGCUGCUAACCAGAGCUUUGUAAUUCAGAACCCCGUGUUUACCAUCUCCAGUGAUCAGGGCGAUAACUUUUAUUGUGUAGGUAUCCUACCUAUUGAGGGAAUGAUUGGUAUCAUUGGACAAAACCUUAUGGAGGGAUAUCGAAUGGUGUUUGAUUGGGAAAACAUGAAGUUGGGUUGGUCUCACACCAAGUGUCAAGACAUAGGAGGGAGUGCAAAAGUACCACCAACACCUCCUCCGAGUGGUUUAGCCUCAAAUCCAUUGCCAACAAAUGAGCAACAAAGAAGCCCUGGUGGACAUGCAGUUGCACCUGCCAUUGCCGGCAAACCAUCUGCAGCAUCACUCCAUGCUGUUUCAUACUGGCAUUGCGCUAUGAGUUCUCUUCUACUUUCAUUCGUUGUGUGGUUACCUUAUCUGAUAUAACAUAUGUAAUUAUGUGCUUAUAUGUAAAUUCUCAUUUCUUCAAUCAGAUCCUUCUCUCACAGAUCAUGUAUUCUAGUCAAUUAAUUUCAUUGGUUUUGGUCUUUCCUCAGAUCUAUUACUCUUUCUAGGUCAUUUUGGUAUCAUUUUAUUCGUUGGUAUUCAUUGUGAUGAUUUCCUCCAUGAUACAUGGGCAGGACAGCGUAGGAACAUAAAGUUGUGAUUUGAGUUGCUAGAAUUCACGACGAGGAUCUUUUAUAGAUCUAAUCGAUGUAAGUGGCAGGAAUUUGAAUCUAUCAUUCCCAACUAGCUAAGUAGUUUUUUUUCUUAUAGGAAUGCACCUCGUACACAAGUUACACGAGGUGGGAGGACUGGGAAGAUCAUUGAUUUGGAUGGUUCUGGUGCCGGUUCCGUUGAACUGAAAUAUGAUGUGAAAUGUUGCAUAUACAGAAUUUUGGACCUUACGCUUGUCAAAUUAAGUGCUGCUUCUUUCUGCCAAAGACUACAGAGGCAGCUCAAAAGCCUAGCCAUCGUACCAAAAUAAAACAAACUGAUACCUAGAUUAUUCUGUUUCACUUUCUAGAGAAAACUAUUGUCUAUUGUAAUCAUGCUCAUUAAUCAUUAUUAACUUGGUCUAA